AUGUCAAACAGCUCCAAGAGGAGCGCGAGGGUCGCACACGUUGAGGACGCUCGGGACGACGACUCCAACAGUUCCCUCGAGGGGAUCGAGAGCACCCGCAGGUAUGCCGUUUCUGAGGCUCCGGGCAAGGAGCUGCGCAAGGAGCGACCCAACACGGGCAAAUCGCGCGCCGACAAGCGGCCGCCCGUCUCGAGGUCGCCGUCGUCUUCCGCCGGUGCCGGCCUGACCGAUGAGUCGUCUGACUCCACGGCCCGGUCCUCGGAGAGGGCAUCAGACCCGAGACGGCGGCCCGCGAGGAGGGACACAAUCGAUCCCGAUGGUCGAGAUCAAUAUCGUGAGGAGAGGAGACGAGAGCGGCGGGCCAGGGACGAAGAGGCCGACAGACGGAACAAGGCAGCUGCCGCUGCGGCCAAAGAGCGAGAAGCAAAGGCCCGUCAGAAAACCCGGCCGCCCGGCCCGAAGCACUCGGCCACGCAGCCCGUCGUCCAGCAACCCGGGUACAUGAGAGGCCGCGUUGAGGAUCCGGCAUUCUAUGGCGUCAAGCAGCCUGCUGCUUCAGGUGGCCGACCUCGAGCUAAGACGCGUCCGGCAACUUUUUACGCAGGCCAGCCCGCCGGACCUCAGAUGAUGCCACCCGGCGGAUUCCGUCCCGGCCCGGGCCAUCCACCGCCCUUCCCGGUGGGAAGCUUCCCGCCACCUCCUCCCAUGUGGUCUGGCGCCGCUGGUUCUCCCGGCGGCUUCGGCCCACCACCGCCACUCUCGCCGGCUGGGCCACCGCCGGCAGGCUACUUCGACCAGCACAGCCAUCUGAAGCAGCGCUUCGAUGCGCGCCCCUCAUCCGCUAUGGGUUUCCAACGGCCGCCUCAGACAUUGGAGUAUCACCACGACGAUUACCCUGACGAAACCGCUCCACGAGUAAAUCGCCGGCCGUCCCGUUCCAAAAAGCUCGACGAGGAUACUAGACGUAUGCCGCCGCCAAGCUACAUCCCAUCCCGGGUUCAAUCAGCGAUGCCACCCACGACGCCGUUUCGACCUCCGGCACACCGUCCCCCGUCGCGGCAGACGCACUCCCGCCCCCCACCUUCGAACAGGAGGUCGUUGGGCUUCGAAGAGCCAGUUUACCAAGACCCUGACUACUACGAUGACGACGAUGACGAGGAAGGCGGACUCUUCCAGAUUUCGCCGAACGCCUCGUAUGACCAGCGCCGAGCCAUUGUUCCGCGUGGUAGGCGUGCGUCUACGGCGUACGACCAGGCCGAUUACGAGAUUGUCCCAGCCGGAAACCGCAGUCGACGCUCGUCCAUGUACGCCCCUGGCGGCCUGGUGUCGGGAGGGGCGAGCCUCGGGAACAGCAAGCUGAGCGCAGCAAAGAAGUAUCAGGACGAAGUGAGCGGCGGGGCACAGAUGCCGCUGACAGCCGAGACACUCCGGAAAGUGAUGAAGCGCGGCGGCGUGCCCAGCAGCCGGUCGACACGCAGCAGCGACAGUCGUGAUGAUAGCGAGUACAAGCGCAGCAACACGACCGGACUCACACAGUCAUCGUACGGCGGUAACGAAGAAAUCACCAUCAAGGUCCCUGGCAACACUGUCGUCCGGUUCCAAGGCGCUGAGAUCGAGUGCAGCCACGAGGGCGGCGAGAUUACCUGGUCAAGUCGCCCCGCAGGCUCGCGAGCUGGGAGUGAUAGGGCCAGCACGAUCUACCAGCAGCUCGAGGAUUCGAGGGCGCUGGAGGACUCGCGCAGCCGGAUAGAGCGCAAGGCAUUGCCGCAUCGACAACGCGCACCGAGCCAGGCUGACUCGCACAGUCGCGGCUAUGGACCACCACAUGCUCCUUAUGACCCUUACGCCCACGGAAACGUAUUCUGA